AUGGACAAGUAUUUCGAAGAAAAAAGGAUUUUGGUUACGGGUGGUUGUUCAGGGAUCGGAAGAGGUGUUGUUUUAGAAUUGUGGAGACUUGGCGCCAAUGUGGUAGCUCUGUCGCAUCAAUCCGAGAACCUUUGCAAACUUAAAAGCGAGUACCCAUCAAUCGAAACGGCCUGUGUUGACGUCCGCGACUGGGAUGAGACCCGUAAGGUCGUUGAUUCAUUGGGUGUUUUCCACGGACUGGUUAAUUGUGCGGGAGUUGGACUUAUGGAGCCUUUCCUAGAAUGUAAACCGACGACUUUUGAUGAAUCCAUUUCAAUCAAUACAAAAUCUAUACUCAAUAUAACUCAAGUAGUUGCGAAAAAAAUGAUUGAUAAUAAAAUAAGAGGCUCUAUCGUCAAUAUAUCUUCACAGGCAUCAAAGGCGGGAUUUAGGAAUCACGUAGCUUACUGCGCGUCAAAAGGUGCAGUGGACGCUAUGACUCGGGUAAUGGCUGUAGAACUUGGAUCUCACGGUGUUCGCGCCAAUACUGUAAACCCAACGGUCGUUCUGACCGACUUAGGCCGAGAGGUUUGGGCGGACCCUAAUAAAGCUCAAGAAAUGAUGUCGAAAAUUCCACUAGGACGAUUUUGCGAAGUCCAUGAAGUUGUGAGUGCAAUAAUAUUCUUACUCAGUGACAAAGCUAGCAUGAUUAACGGAGUUCAACUGCCUAUCGACGGGGGAUUUCUCGCUACA